AUGCCGGAAGAGCAGAGGACAGAUAUCAAAAACACGUUUUAUCGUAUUGACGAACGAUACGGUAACCAGCUACCAGUAACAGGGAUUUUGUGGAAGAAAACUGGCAUUGUAGUCCGAUGGUGUUUGUAUGAGUGUCUCCUUGAUGCCGACUGCGUUGCCACCUUCUUCAAUAAUGGUACCUGCCAUGGAUAUCCCGAAAAGAUUCACGACUUCAUAGAGAUGGAAACAAACAUAGGAACGAGCUACUACGAACUAGCAGGUCCAGUAGGCAACGUGGCUGCUGGGAAACCAGCUAUUCAAUCUUCUUAUAUCGGUGAUACUAUUUCGUUUGGUCCGGACCGAGCGUUGGACUCUGUUCGCUCUCCGAAACAGGAUGAAACUGAUCCUAGUCUCAUAUCAUGUGCCCAUACGGCCGAUGUUGACGAGAAUGAUGCAGAUCACAACCCUUACUGGCAGGUUGAUCUUAAAUCACGACAUCUGGUGCUCUCUAUAUCUUUUCUUAGCAGAUACGAGUGUUGUGGUGAUCGUAAUACACGCCUGAACAUCACGGUAGCAAAAACAGAUACCGGACCAAGAGCUUUGUGUGUGUAUUAUCCUGGACCGCCCUUCCAGGGACAGAUGAAAACGUUCUUCUGCGAGAAACCAGUGAUUGGUCAGUUUGUGAGAAUCUCGCGUGAUCGUAUUAAUCUGAAUCCAUGCGAGGUCGAAGUCUACGGUUUCCCUCUUGCCUAA